GCCGUAAAGUUUUUAAUGGCCGAGGAGGGGCAUGAUUUAGAUCCACAGCGUGUUAUUCGUUUGUUUAAUUUUGAUUGGGCUAUUACAGUACUAAGAAGAAGGACAGGGGAUCAUUCAGAAAGUUGUGAGAUAUCGUCGGAUGUUCUGCUUUCUCCAGUAAGCUCAAUGUUUUGUAUGCCACAGUCCAUUCAGGCUGUUGAGGAUGAUUCUGAUCCAUCGUCAAGAAGGUACACUUUACGUAGAAGGAAAUCAUUACAGCAGAAAGACGAGGAAGGUUGCGUUACGAGCAGUAUGGCUGCCACAGCUGACGAGGCCGCUAGUGGGCCGUCCUGUAAACGAUACAAAGCAGAUUCUCCUGGCGAGGCUCGGAACGGAUGUUUACGGACGUCACUUUCCUUUUUGGAGGCACCGGAAGAUGGCAAAUGUUUGCUCGACAUAUUACCAGAUGAAAUUUUAAUGAAGAUUUUUUCUUAUUUAUGUGAAGGAGAUCUUAUUAAAUGCAACUAUGUUUCAAAACGUUUUUACUGCACAUCUAACGACUGUAAUAUGUGGAGGCUUCUAUAUCAGAAAAUAUUCGAGUAUACUGUACCUCUGUACCAUCCUUGUCCUGGUAAAUUUGAAUUUCGGGAUGCAGCUCGGUGGAAGGAAUCUCGUAAUCCGUGGAAGGAUAGUUUUUUUCAACUGCGAAAUGGAAUCCAUGUAAGGCCGCGUUAUAGUCAUCUCUACGAGGGGGAAAAGGGGCGUUCGUUGGUUCACUUUGAUAGGCUGGAACUUGCUUUAAGGUAUUUGGAGGCUCGACCGGAUCGUGAGAAGUUAAUAUUUUUACAUGCGGCACAUUAUGCGCUGGAACCAAUAGUGAUAGAUUCUCCUGUACAAAUAAUUGGAGCUAGUUCUGCAAUGAAUAUUCAAAGCACCGUCAUCUUGGAAAAUAAAACGGAAACAACAAUAUCUUUUGUUGAGGGGUCUGCUGGAGCCUAUCUUGGAUAUGUGACUGUACAGUAUAAUCCGGAACCAACUUUCCCUGGGCCUCAAAACAUCUAUUAUGCGCUUCUUGUGACAGAUGAGACUAAUCCAACAAUUGAGAGAUGCAAUUUCUCUUCCUGUAGUAAUGGUGGUGCUGCGGUUUGUGUGAAAAAUGAAGGUGCUAAUCCGAGGAUGAAACACUGUUCGAUUUGCGAAUGUGGUAAUGUGGGCAUUUUUAUAACCGAUGGUGCUUUGGGGAUUUACGAGGAUUGCGAAAUAGCUGAGAAUACUCUCGCUGGAAUAUGGGUUAAAAACCGAGCGAAUCCGUACUUUAAAAGAUGCCACAUACACAACGGGAAGGACGUUGGCGUUUUUACUUUUGAGCAUGGAAUGGGUUACUUCGAGAAAUGUAAUAUUCAUGGAAACAGGAUUUCUGGUAUUGAGGUGAAAAAUCAAGCAAAUCCUACUGUGGUACGUUGUGAAAUUCAUCAUGGACGUACUGGAGGCAUUUAUGUGCAUGAAAAAGGAAGAGGUCAGUUUAUGGAGAAUCGCAUAUAUGGAAAUGCUUAUGCUGGCAUCUGGAUAACGUCGCAUUCAGAUCCUACAGUUCGAAAAAACGAAAUCUAUAAUGGUCAACAGGGUGGUGUUUAUAUAUUCGGGGAAGGUAGAGGACUUAUUGAACAAAAUAAUAUUUAUCAGAACAACCUCGCAGGAAUACAAAUCAGAACUGGAUCCGAUCCUAUCGUUAGGCUAAAUAAAAUUCACAGUGGUUUACAUGGCGGCAUUUACGUUCAUGAGAAAGGUAAAGGCGUUAUUGAAGAAAACGAAGUUUAUGGAAAUGCAUUGGCUGGAAUUUGGGUGACCACUGGGUCGUCGCCUAUUUUACGGCGAAAUCGCAUUCAUUCUGGGAAACAAGUUGGAGUGUACUUUUACGAUAAUGGGCACGGACUUCUGGAAGAGAAUGAUAUAUUCAACCAUUUAUAUUCCGGAGUUCAGAUCAGAACUGGAUCGAAUCCGAAAAUCACCAGGAACAAAAUAUGGGGAGGUCAAAAUGGAGGCGUACUUGUAUACAACGGCGGUAAAGGUGUUUUGGAAGAUAACGAGAUUUUUGAUAACGCUAUGGCUGGGGUAUGGAUUAAAACGGAAAGCCAUCCUAUUUUAAGACGGAACAAAAUAUAUGAUGGACGUGAUGGUGGCGGUCGUGGACUUCUCGAAGAAAACGAAAUUUACAGAAAUGCUCAAGCAGGGGUUUUAAUAUCCACAGAAUCAAAUCCAAUACUUCGUCGCAAUCGAAUUUUUAAAGGACGUGCUGCUGGCGUAGAAAUAACAAAUGGUGCUUCUGCAACUUUGGAAGGCAAUCAGUUAUUUCACAAUGAAUUUGGAGGUCUCUGUCUUGCAACUGACGUCAGGCCUAUUUUACGCGACAAUAAGAUCUAUGAUAAUCAUAAUGCGGUUGACAGAGCUGUAAGUAAGGGACACUGCUUGUUUAAAAUCAGUUCGUGCACUUCCUUUCCGAUGCAUGACUUUUUCAGGUGUUAUACCUGCAAUACAACAGACAGAAAUGCCAUAUGUAUCAAUUGCAUUCGUGUUUGUCAUCAAGGACAUCAUGUUGAGUUUGUUCGUCAUGACAGAUUUUUCUGUGACUGCGGUGCUGGCACUUUGGAAAAGCAGUGCUGUUUGCAAUCUGAAACGCGUGAUAAUGAUACAGUUUAUGAUUCAGCAACACCGACAGAUACAGAAACUAUUUAA